AUGACUUUUUCACUCUCAUUUCGUCCAACUUUCCUUCCCACCAUAAAAAAUAAUUAAAGUAUUGUACAUUUAACAACUAUAUAUCUCCACGAACUUUGGACUAAACCAUUUUAAUUUCUUUCAGCAAAAUAGCAACAAUAACAAUGGAAUUCUCAACAUGCGUUGAUACUUCACUCAAUCUUAAUUUUAAUGUUCCUUCUAUACACAAGGAUGAAGUUUUGGUUGAAGAGUUGAAUCGUCUCAAUUGUGAGAACAAGAGGCUGAAUGAAACAUUGACUAACAUGUGUGAGAAUUAUGAAGCUAUGCAAAAACAUUUGAGCCAAUUGAUGAACCAAGAUUUUGAAAAUCAAACACAACAAUCAAGAAAGAGAAAAUUUGGUAUUAAAGGCAUUAAUAUUAAUAAUGAGUGUAGCAAUGUUACUGAUGAUGAAUCACUAAUCAAAAGGUCCUGUAGAGAUGUCUCUUCUCCUAAUAAGGCUUACAAGGUUCUAUUCAAGACAGAAGCAUUUAAUAAUAGCUUAUAUGUGAUGGAUGGAUAUCAAUGGAGGAAAUAUGGUCAGAAGGUUACUAAAGAUAAUCCAUCUCCUAGAGCUUACUUUAGGUGCUCCCAUGCCCCAAGCUGCCCAAUUAAAAAGAAGGUACAAAGAAGUUUAGAAGACCCUACAAUACUAGUUGCAACAUAUGAAGGAGAACACAAUCAUGGUCAUAAAAAAUCUGAAAUGUCAUUGGUGUCAAGUCAAAGUGAAGAAUCCCCUGUAGUUUCAGUUCAUGUUUCUUCACCUAAACCAAUUAUUCAAAAGACAUGUCCAACCAUUAAGGAUGACUUGGUUGAUAAUGUUCCAAAAUCAUCUAUGCAACAUUUUUUGGUUCAACAAAUGGCUAAUUCUUUGACAAAGGAUCCCAAUUUCACUGCAGCACUUGCCACUGCUAUUUCAGGAAGAAUUCUAGGAUCAGACUUCGUGAAAACUCUUCAAUUAGAGAUACAACAUGUGAGAGAGGAGAACAAUACUCUAAGGUUCAUGGUUGAAGUUAUGAAUAUCAAGUGCACAAAACUUGAGUCCCAUCUUCAAGAGAUCAACAAGGAAGAACAAAAAGGGAUAAGUUCAAAUCAAAUUGGGUUAGUACCUAAUCUUGAUACAACCAAAAGAGCAAGACAAGAGUUUCCCACCACAAAAAAGUCAUUACAAGUCUUUGUCAAAACCCACCCUAAUGAUGAUAGUUUGAUGAUACAAGAUGGAUAUCAAUGGAGGAAGUAUGGGCAAAAGGUAACCAAAGAAAAUGCUUCUCCUAGAGCUUACUUCAGGUGCUCCAUAGCUCCUAGUUGCCCCGCAAAAAAGAAGGUACAAAAAUGCAUACAUGAUAGGUCUAUCAUUGUUGCAACUUAUGAUGGAGAACACAACCAUGUUUCCCCUCAUGAGUCAUUAAGACCAUCAUCUUCAUCCACACCUAAAGUUCCAUCAUCAAUAGCUAAUAAUAAAUCACCUCUACCAACACUAAAUGACACAGAAGUCAUAAACACUGACUUUGUUGUUUCUGAUAAUUGGACUCAAUCAUCUACUGAAAUUUGUGAGGAUAUCAUGCAAAAGUGUGGCUAUGGAAGGCACAUCAAAAUCAAAGAAUUUGCAAGUUCCUUAAUCAAAGAUCCUGACUUCACUGCAGCAUUAGCUGAAGCAGUUGCGCAAACCAUUACCGGUCAACAUGAGCGACAAGGUCUAAAUCUCAAUUUGAAUCUUUCAGAGGAGUGAAAUUAAUGCUUCUUAUUAUCAUCCUCAAAACCAAAAUAUAAGUGUAAAGAGAUUUACUCAAGUACUUGGAUAGCAGCAAAAUAUGGCUAAUGAAGACAAAUUUUAGUUUAGUAAUAUGGUAGGUUGGUAACACUGAAAGUGAGGAAAUUUUAUUUAGUUUGUACUCCAUAUGUUAGCAUUUUAUCUUACUUUCUUUGCUUUUUAAUAUUGUUUGAUCACAUUUUUUUGUCUUAAA